AUAGAGAGCGAGCUUGCUGUGGCAGUCUUACUUUUACUCUUGCAUCAGACGGUUGCUUCCCGGUUUAACUGGGAAGGAACCUCAUUGCCUUCUUAGUGAGUCAAUAAUUUUCCUCGGGCACUAAUUGGGUUAUCUCAUUGAACAAGAAAAGGAGUUCCGUCGACCAGUGCGCCAAUUCUAAUCUCCUUUCCAAGUUACAUAUCAGAUUUACGACUCGUGAAAUCCCUUAACUAAUUACGUCAGCCAGACCAACAGACAGCAAUAUCUGUAUAUAAACUCUACCGUUAAGGCCGAUAGAAGCAAUACGCCGAAUCAAUUAAAAAUGGUUAACGAAUAUACCGGGCCGCCGGCUCAAGAGCUGGAAACAUUUUUACCCAAAGACGCGAAAAACGGAACAUCAAAAUACAAGAUCACUCCGGCCAAAACUGAUGUUGAAACUGCCUUGGUAGCCUUUGAUCCGUUCAAAGAAAGAAAAUGUGAACAUCCAACAACUGAUGGUGAAACAUUAACGCAUUUGCUGAAGGCGUCAUUGGGAACUGGAAUUUUGGCUAUGCCAAUAGCAUUCAGUUAUGCUGGUCUUGUAGGAGGUAUUCUCGCUACCAUUCUAACAGCAAUAGUUUGCACACAUUGUGCUUACGUACUGGUCAAAUGCGCACACACAAUGUACCACAGAACGAGAAAAACAGCGAUGUCUUUUGCGGAAGUAGCAGAGGUUGCACUGGAAAAUGGACCACAAUGGGGUCGCAAACUCGGACCGUUCAUUCGUUCUUGUAUCACAUAUGGCCUUUUCAUCACCUACUUCGGAACAUGUUCUGUGUAUACCGUCAUUAUUGCUACAAACUUUGAACAAGUCAUCGAACAUUACACAGGAACUGAUAUGAACUUGCGCGUCAUGAUUGCAUUUUUACUUGUUCCGUUGAUUCUACUCUCAUGGAUUCCUAACUUAAAAUACCUAGCACCGGUAUCGAUGAUUGCCAAUGUGUUCAUGUGUGCAGGUUUGGGAAUUACGUUCUACUAUUUGGUUACGGAUAUGCCAGCUUUAUCCGAACGACCAAUGUAUAUAUCGGUAUUAAGUUGGCCUUCUUUCUUCGCAAUUGUUAUUUUUGCUAUGGAGGCUAUUGGAGUUGUGAUGCCUUUAGAAAAUCAAAUGAAAACCCCACAAAACUUCAUCGGACUGUGUGGAGUAUUGAAUCAAGGAAUGGGUGGUGUUACUUUGAUCUACAUUCUCUUGGGAUUCCUGGGAUACGUACGUUACGGAGAUGCUGCUCAAGGAAGUAUAACCCUUAACCUUCCGGUCGAAGAAAUCCCUGCUCAAGCCGUAAAAAUCCUCAUUGCACUUGCUGUAUAUUGCACAUUUGGACUGCAGUUCUACGUGUGCCUGGAUAUUGCAUGGGUCGGUAUCAAAGAUAAAUUCCAGAAAAGACCUUUGUUGGUCAACUAUACAAUGAGGACUAUCCUUGUAACAGCAUCUGUACUGCUUGCCGUUGCUGUACCAACAAUUGGACCAUUUAUUGGACUGAUUGGAGCUUUCUGUUUCUCAAUUCUUGGUCUGCUCAUACCGAUUUUGAUCGAAAUCGUAACAUACUGGGAUCAAGGAUUCGGCAAAUUCAACUGGAUUAUUUGGAAGAAUGUAGUCGUAUGCUUUUUUGGCGUCAUUGCCUUGGUGUUUGGGUCGAAAAGCUCAAUCGAAGACAUCCUCAAACUAUACUUUUAAUACAAUCGUUAAAUUUCUUUCAACAAUAUGAGGCACAAAAAACGUCCAAAAACGAUUGUACUAUUGCUUAUCUGUACUUAUGUAUGCAAGACUUUAUUGAUAGAAUAAGCGAUAGGACAAACACACCUCAAAUCUAUCUCUUGAUUAGUACGAACAUUAGCAGAGUUUUAUACCGAAGAUCUUUGGAAACCUGUUGUGCAUUAUGCAAUUGUGAUACAUUUCGAGGAAAGUGCCUGUUUUAAUUCAUAGUGCAAGUUUUUUAAAAACUGCCCAAAAUGAAAAAGGUACCUCUUAAUCAUAGAAAAAUCACUAAAUUUCAAACUUUCUUGAAAUUCAAACCACAAAUCAACAUUGACAUUUGUCGGCAGCACUAAAUGGCAAUUAAAAAAAAACAGAUAUAUUGAACACAAGUUAUGGCUAAAUUGGAAAUAUUCUUUUUAUAAAAGAAAUGAUCAAGUUUCUAUAAAACGCCAGUCUUCAGCAAUCUACUACCUAACUACAUACUCAUUGUAUGUAACAUAAUGAUAUACCUAAAGCAAAUUGGAAUUGUAUUAUUUACUCUCCUAAAGUAGCACUGUAAUCAUCUAGAAUCUUUAUUUAAUUUUGCAAAUCGUUUGUUUACAAAAAAGACCCGCUGAAAUUCAGUAAACAAUUUGAAAAUAAAAACUCAUACCAUUAGUACUUAGAAUUAUCCGAUUUUCCCUUUCUAACAUUAAGUCGGAAAAUAUAUAUAAGUCAAACGUAUUUUAAUACAUUUCUUUAGUAAUAUUUUA